AGAAUGCAGAGAAGGUAUCUUACGUAGAAGUUGAAGAAGAGGAAAGUGAGAAAUUGAAGGAAAUUGAAAUGGCUGAAGCACAACUUCGAGAUCAGUACGGCAAUCCUAUCUCACUCACCGAUCAGCACGGUAACCCUGUUGUAUUAACCGACGAGCACGGCAACCCCGUUUACGUCACCGGAGUCGCAACCACUGCUACGCCCGCCGUCACUGCAGGUUCAGGGUUUGGGAUCCACGGUGGUCCUGGUGCAACCACAGGAAUAACCACCGUGUCGGAUCUCAUAACAACACAACCAAGGGACAAUAGAGAGUUUCGUCGUUCCUCCAGUUCUAGCUCUAGCUCGUCUGAGGAUGAUGGACAAGGUGGGAGGAGGAAGAAGGGAGUGAAGGAUAAAAUAAAAGAGAAGCUUCCAGGGAGGAAGAAUGAGCAGCAUUCACCAACAACCACCACUACCACCACCACCGCUGCUACUGGUAUUCCACAACCAACACGGCCAACCGCCACUAAUCCAGAUCCUAACCCUAACCACCCUGAGCAUCACAAGAAGGGCAUAAUGGAGAAGAUCAAAGAAAAAUUGCCUGGGCACCACAACCGCUGAAAAUCUCUCUGUGGGUCUAUGUGUUCUGAUAUACUUUGGGUAGUGAUUAAUAAUUAAUUAAUUAUUUAACUAGUUGUUAUUAUAGGUUUGUAUUGUGUAAUGUGAGUGAUUAAUAAUUAAUUAAUUAAGUACGUGGUUGUUAUGUUAUA